AUGUCGACGACCUCCAGUCAUGCCGCUGCGCCGUCUGCGCCGUUCGCGACUGAGACUCAGAGCUUCGUGUUACCCUCAUACACGAGCGCGGCUGGACCGGAGAUCACCUCCAUCAGCUGGCGAGCGCUGUCGGAUGCGCUGAACGGCACUCAACAGGGCUUUGUCUUCGAGACCGUUCAUCAAGCCACGAUAUCCUCUGUUGUGCCUAUCGUAUUGCUCGAGAGCUUUUGCCUUGGAGCGCUGACGGUCGGACUUGUGCUCGGAUCUGAUCUAGCCUGGGGUCGGCGUCUAAGUCGUCGAUUGCUAGUUCUCGGGUUAUGGUUAGCAUACGGGGGCUACCUGGCCCAAUGGGCGUUGCUGCUUCGCUUUCUCCGCAGGUCAUUCUCGGGAAGGUUACUGGGGCUAUCGUCGGACGAUUGGUAUGGUGUGUACUGGGACGCACGCAACGAUCCAGAUACGUUGUACCACCUUCCCGUCUAUCAGGCAUGGUACUAUUAUACGUCAUCCUUGGGGUAUCUUGAGCCUUUGAUCACAGAGACCGUUCUAUUCGGUGUAACUAGCGCUUUAUUCGGAUGUAUGCUCUAUGCCAGUCGUGGGGCUAUACGUUCAAGAAUAUCUUCGAAUGUAUUCAUACCAGCAGUGGCAACAUUCAUGACUGCCACAUCUUUGGUACAUUGGUCAAUUAGUCUGGCACAGUAUUGGAUUGCGGCAAGCUGGGGAGCGGCAUCACUAUUCACUGUCGGUGGCCCUUCACAGUCCUUCGAUUCUGCACCAUCGAUUGUCCUGCUCAUUAUGUUCUCCAUCAACACCAUACUGAGCGACACAAUCGUCUUAUGGAGAACAUACAUCGUAUGGGACAAGUCACGCUGCAUCCUUCUUUUCGCGGCAGCCCUCGUUUUCACCACAACGUCCAUGAUCUUGGCCAACAUAGUCGCACUCGCUUCAUCGCUCGACACCCUAUUGACAUACUUCGACGAGGAGAGAGUAGCCACCUUUGGCAAGACUCAGUUCGGUAUUGCUGCCUUGUAUCUUUCUCUCGCAAGUAAUCUUUGUGCGACCAUCCUCGUCGCUGCGAGGGUUUGGUUAUACAGGCGUCAGCUCGUAGCGCAUGCCCGCGAGACCAACAAACGCACGUUCGUUGAACGGUUCAUGGAGCUCUUAAUCGAUUCGGGAACCGCAUACACACUGCUCUGGAUAUUCUAUAUUGUCUCAGUAUACGUUUACAUUCCCGCCGGGAGCAUCAUGACCCCUACUUAUGAGGUAAUCACCCUUGUCGAUCACCUGGACACAGCGAUGGCCCAAGUCACAACGAUAUACCCACUCCUCAUCUUCAUCUUGGUCGCGCUCGACAAGACACACAGCGUGCAAGGUCCUCGUCUUCUUCGCGAGAGAGUGGGGACAAACGGGGCUUUGACCCUGACCUUUGACGUGGGUCGUGAUGCGGAAAAGGAUGCCAUGUUGGAUCUGGGGACGCAUGGUCUGGUGCAGCUCCCAGACAAACAAAACGAGUUGGAGAUCCCCGACGAGCCACCAACGUAUAAGGGUUCGGAUGUAUGGUAA